AUGGAAAAUUCGGACAAGCAAUCGGAGCGGUGUUGCUUUUUCCCUGCUCUCAAUGGCGCGCAGCCAGACCAAAGCCCUCGCCAAAGACAACAGCAGGUGAUAGAACUUGAUGGGAAUGUAUUGCAAGCGAAAGUUGAUCAGACGAGGCUUUUUCAUCUGGCUUGGGGUGUUGUCCUGCGUUUGUAUACUGCUUGCGACGACAUUGUCUUCCUCUAUGUUCAUUCUGGUAAACACGAGAAAGAACUGUAUCUGUGUGACUUUGAAUUGUCUAGCGCAUCUACGUUUUCGGACCUCAUCCCCAAGACUCAACACGAGUCACCGUUAUGGAAGCAGCCUUUGGAAAUGAAUGGUGCUGCCAUUCACAAGAGCCGUGACAACUUCAAUACCGCAUUGCAUUGGAUAGUGGACUCGAAGAAUGAUCCAAGCGUGGAUGCAGCGUCACUCUGGAAUACUCUCUAUGCCGAGGUUCGCGAUCUCAGAGAUAUUCUACACCGCAAACUGUGGAAGAUUUACUAA